AUGCCUGUGGAUGCCUCAGGCCUUCUUGCCGCAAACCUCCAUCCGUUCCAUCAUGGACCCUGCAACCCUCCCCCCCAAGUCCCCUACCUUCUCACCCUCACCUUCCCACGGUCUUUUGGCAGAGCAAUGCUGUCCCAACGGAUCCUGGCCCGGCGCCUGCCCCAGGUUGCUGCCCGCAGUGCCAUUGCCCCCCGCGCACACUUCUCCCAGAUCCCAGCUCUCCGUGCUGCCGAGAUUGAGGAUCCCCACCAGCGUCAGUUCAGAGAUCCCUAUGGCGGCUGGUGGGACAAGCAAGAGAAGCGCAACUUUGGCGAGCCGGUCCACGAGGACAAUGAGAUUCUCGGUGUCUUCAGUCCUGAACAGUAUAACCACGUCAGCUCCGGCAAGGGCUUCCUCCACCUGGGAGUGUUCGUUGCGGCCUUCCUGAGCCUUUGCGGUGUUGUCAGCCUUUACUACCCCGACAAGCCUAGCGUUCCCAAGGCCUACGUUGAUGGUUUGGAGAAGGAGCUGGGUGGUCCCAAUGCUGUGCCGGCUCGCAAGGCUGGUGAGGACAAGUGGUAA